AUGUCUUCCACGCCGUCACGAAGAUGUGCAGGGGUCAAGAGUGUGUUUGUGUCAGUCUUCAAGUCAUUCGUGGAGGAGGGUGUGGCGCCUGGUGUGGCGCCUGGUGUGGCGCCUGGUGUGGCGCCUGGUGUGGCGCCAGUGUACCGGGCCUCGCCACCACCAGUGUACCGGGCCUCGCCAACACCGGUGUACCGGGCCUCGCCAACACCGGUGUACCGGGCCUCGCCUACACCGGUGUACCGGGCCUCACCAACACCGGUGUACCGGGCCUCGCCAUCACCGGUGUACCGAGCCUCGCCACCACCAGAGUACCGGGCCUCGCCAACACCGGUGUACCGGGCCUCACCACCACCGGUGUACCGGGCCUCACCACCACCGGUGUACCGGGCCUCGCCAUCACCGGUGUACCGGGCCUCACCAACACCGGUGUACCGGGCCUCACCACCACCGGUGUACCGGGCCUCACCACCACCGGUGUACCGGGCCUCACCACCACCGGUGUACCGGGCCUCACCACCACCGGUGUACCGGGCCUCACCACCACCGGUGUACCGGGCCUCACCACCACCAGUGUACCGGGCCUCGCCACCACCAGUGUACCGGGCCUCGCCACCACCAGUGUACCGGGCCUCACCACCACCAGUGUACCGGGCCUCACCACCACCGGUGUACCGGGCCUCACCACCACCGGUGUACCGGGCCUCGCCACCACCAGUGUACCGGGCCUCGCCACCACCAGUGUACCGGGCCUCACCACCACCGGUGUACCGGGCCUCACCACCACCAGUGUACCGGGCCUCGCCACCACCAGUGUACCGGGCCUCGCCACCACCAGUGUACCGGGCCUCACCACCACCAGUGUACCGGGCCUCACCACCACCGGUGUACCGGGCCUCACCACCACCGGUGUACCGGGCCUCGCCACCACCAGUGUACCGGGCCUCGCCACCACCAGUGUACCGGGCCUCACCACCACCGGUGUACCGGGCCUCACCACCACCGGUGUACCGGGCCUCACCACCACCGGUGUACCGGGCCUCGCCACCACCAGUGUACCGGGCCUCGCCACCACCAGUGUACCGGGCCUCACCACCACCGGUGUACCGGGCCUCACCACCACCGGUGUACCGGGCCUUACCACCACCAAAGUAA